AUGGCCGAACUUCCACACAUUGGGCGACACUGCGACGCCGAGCUGUGCCAUCUUUUGGAUUUUCUUCCUGUUCGGUGUGAUGCUUGCUCAGGAACAUUUUGCAUAUCACACUUCACUUACGAUGCCCACAAUUGCAAAAAUGCAUACAGAAAGGAUGUUCAAGUACCUAUCUGUCCUGUGUGCGAUAAACCAGUGCCUACACCGAAAGGAGUUUCUCCUGAUGCUCAGGUGAAUGAACAUAUCCAGAACAACUGUGCUGUUAGUGCGAAGAAGAAAGUGUUUUCAAAUAAAUGCACCGUGAAAGGAUGCAAGAAGAAGGAGCUCGUUCCUGUUCAUUGUCCAUCAUGUAAACAUAACUUUUGCCUUGGUCAUCGCCACGAAAAAGAUCACGACUGCGAACAGCUCAGAAAGACACCGCCAUUUUCCAAAACAGCAGCUGCUGCAAUUGCAAGAAAUCAAGGAGGUCAGAAUUGUGCUAGCCAAGCUCGGAAUGCGCAAAUUUCCGAAGAUGAAGCAUUAGCAAGAGCGUUAGCGGCAUCUUUGGACGAUGUUCAAAUAAGUCCUGAAGAACGAGAUAGAAGGUUGGCAGAACAGCUCCAACAGCAAGAGUAUGCGAACAGAAACGAAGUUACGCACCGAAAUCAGCGAUCUGGCCAUGGGAACACCAGCAAUUGUGCCAUUUCUUAA